UAUUAAAUGUUUUUGUAGAUGUUAUGAAAAAUUCCUAAAGAUCCAGUUCUGUUACUCCUGCUUGCUCUGAUCCUCACUACUCUCCUUGUUUCUUUCCUCUUUGUCAACCACGAAGUCAACUUGCCGGACGGAGCUUGCUACACUGAUGGAACAGAUAUCGGCGCUACGCCAUCCCUGAAACCAUCUAGCUAGCUUAAUCAGCCCGUGAAUUCUCUCAUUGCUCGAUUUAGCUGCUCGCCAAUUCUUGGAGGCCACUACCUUUGAAGCCCCAAUGGAGGGAACGAAACAGACUUCAUCGCCGGGCAGUGGAGGGAAAAAUGGUUUAAUGGCUUCCUCAUCUUCAGCUUUUUUCUACAGAAAACCAGAGCCCACAAGCAUUACUGGCUUCCAUCGCACACACGAUGAAAGCCACAAUAUUGUGAUUGAGCUUCAGCGUUCGGGUUCCGGCUUCUCCGCUGCUGAUGGGUCUGACCUCAGUUCGAUUGUCAGGGAAAAAGACCUGACCUUGCUUGCUACACUUGGUGGUGUUGAAGGUAUAGCUGAUGCUCUCAAAACCCAUUUGCGAGAUGGAAUUGGUGGGAGUUCUCAAGAUAUUUCGCGUAGAAAGGAGACUUUCGGGAGUAAUACUGUCGUAAAGCCACCUACGAAGAGCUUCUUCCAUUUUGUUUGGGAAGCUUCCCAGGAUGUAAUAACUCUCAUCCUUCUGGUUUGCGCUGCGCUGUCCCUCGGACUUGGUAUCAAGGCAGAUGGGCCUAAAGAAGGUUGGUAUAAUGGUGGCAGUAUGUUUCUUGCUGUUUUUGUUGUAAUUUCGGUUCGUGCCACGGCUGAUUUCUGGCAGAAGAAAAAAUUGGAGAAGGGGUGUGAGGAUUUCCCUGUAGUUGUCAUCAGAAGUGGAAGGAGGCGGCAAGUGUCGGUAUUCGAUAUCGUUGUUGGAGAUGUUAUUUGCUUGAAGAUGGGCGAUCAAAUUCCCGCUGACGGCCUGUUUGUGGAAGGGUAUUCUUUGCGAGUUGAUGAAUCUAGCAUGACAGGGGAGAGCGAUCAUGUUGAAGUCAAUAAAGAUCAAAAUCCAUUCUUGCUUUCAGGUACCAAAGUAGCUGAGGGAUGUGCUAAAAUGCUUGUUGUCUCUGUUGGAUUGAACACGGCAUGGGGUUUGCUUAUGAGCUCAGUCUCUGUAGAUUCACGGGAGGAAACGCCUCUUGAGACACGGUUAAACAAGCUGGCCUCUUCUCUCGGUUUUAUUGGUUUAAGUUCAGUUGUAAUGGUACUUGUCAUUCUAUUGGUGCGUUACUUCACAGGGCAUACAAAGAAUGAAGAUGGGACAAUAGAGUUCGUUCCCGGGAAGACUAAAGCAGUUGAUGUGAUCAACGACCUUCUGAGAAUUGUUGCUGCUGUUGUGUCUAUUUUGGUUGUUGCGAUACCUGAAGAAUUGCCGUUGGCAGUUGCAUACAUUCUGGCAUAUUCCACUGACAGAAUGAAGGGCGAUCAUCAGACAAUGGUGAGGAACCUUCCUGCAUUUGAGGCAGUGAGCUGUGUUACAACCAUAUGCACAGAUUUAACUGAUAUUCUUACGUCAAAUGAGAUGAAGGUGAUCAAGUGCUUGAUAGGAAAAGAUUGGGUAGAAGCAAGAGGUCACUCUCCAAUAGCAUCUAAUGUUCUGCAAAUGUUGUUCCAAGGGAUCAGUCUCACCAAAAGCAGUACUGUUCAACAGUUUCUCACAGUUACUACCACUGACGAUGCAAUUCAUUCAUGGGCUGUCCUGAAACUGAACAUGGAAAUGAACAUCAACACAAGAGAUUUCUCAGUUCUGGACUUGGAAGCUUCCUGCCCUGAAAAGAAAAUAGGUGUUCUAAUUAAAAAUCAGUCAGACGAAACAUUCCAUGCUCAUUGGAAGGGGGAUGCUGAAAUAAUUCUCUCAUCAUGCUCACAUUACCAGGACGCAACUGGAAAUAUUGUUACUCUUGAUGAUCAAGAGAGGGAAAGAUUUCAGCAAAUAAUAGAAGAUAUGGCUGCUAAUAGCCAUCAAUCUAUUGCAUUCGCGCAUAAGCAGAUCUCACAAGAUGCGUAUGAGAAUGAAGUGACAAAUCACGAUAUUCCCAACACCGGUUUGGUUCUCUUGGGAAUCUUUGGCCUGAAAAUUCUUCGUAGCCCCAGUUUUAAGGAAGCUGUUGAAAUUUGCCAACAGGCAGGGAUCAGCGUCAAACUAAUUACAGGAGGAAAUGCGUCAUUGGCAAAAGCCAUCAGCAUGGAGAGCGGCAUACUUCCACCAAACCAAGGUGUGGAUGAUGGAUCAAUGGUGAAAGGUGUAGAAUUCCGCAACUACACAGACAAAGAAAGAUUGGUUAAAGUUGACUGUAUUAGGGUAAUGUCAAGGUCUUGUUAUGUAGACAAACUCCUAGCAGUGAAGUGUCUAAAAGAGAUUGGCCAUGUAGUUGCAGUGGUUGGCAACAGCCUAAAUGAUUCUCUGUGUUUACAUGAAGCCAAUGUGGGAAUUUCAGUGGGGAUCCAGACCAAAGUAGUGGUGAAAGAGAGUUCAGAUAUCGUCAUCUUGGACAACAAUUUUGCUUCAGUUGCCCAAAUUCUUAAAUGGGGUCGAUGUGUUUACAACAACAUCCAGAAACACACUCAGUUCAACCUUACGUUAUGUGCAUCUGCCCUAGCAAUCAACAUUGUGGCAGCAAUUUCGGUUGGCAAGAUGCCAUUAACACCAGCCCAACUGCUAUGGGUCGAUGUUACUAUGAACACAUUGGCUGCUCUUGCAUUGGCUGCUGAGGAACCAAACACAGAACUCAUGAAAAAGCGACCUAUCAGUCGUUCCGACCCACUUAUCACCAACAUCAUGUGGAGAAACAUUAUAGGCCAAGCUUCUUACCAAAUAACAGCUAUCUUGGCCUUAAUGUUCAAAGGCAAAUCAAUCUUUGGGGUCCAUGAAAAGGCAGUUGACACACUUGUUUUUAACACAUUUGUGCUCUGUCAUGUGUUCAAUCUGUUCAAUGCAAGGCAGCUUGAGGAGAAGAAUGUUUUCAAGGGAAUUCUCAAGAACAAAUUGUUUAUAGGACUCACUUGCAUGAUUGUCAUUCUUCAGGUUAUUUUGGUGGAGUUUCUGAAUAAGUUUGCACGUACAGAGAAGUUGAAUUGGGUACAAUGGGCGGCAUGCAUAGUCAUUGCAGCGGUGUCUUGGCCAUUUGGCUGUCUCAUCAAGUACAUACCAGUUCCAGAUACGGAGACCAUCUUCAAUUUUCUCCCUCGGAUACUUAGACGUGUCCUAAUGACAACUCGAUCUUGACAGAGUACAAUGUGGUUGGACCAGAAUUCAUCUAAAGAAAAAGGGUCCGAAUAGGACAGGAUGAGGAAGCGGGAAACCGGUGUUCGAAAUGUAGUGGUUUUAGACCAAGAAUUUUUGGUACGGAAGUUUGUUAUGUUUCGAAUAAUUAGUUAAGGGUGAGUUUUGUUGUAAUCAUGGGAUAGGACUUGAUGUUAUUGGGAACAGAUAGCAAUGUGCAAGUCUUGUCUUGUCUUGUUGUAUGUGUUUGAUCAUCAAAUUUGUGUUGGAGUUGGACCUCACAUGAUGUUAAAUAUAGUAAGGGUUUUGGCUGUUUAUAGUUGAGUUGUGAAGUUGAGGUCGUGCAAUCAUGAGGUUGCAAAUUUGAGUCUUAUAAAUAUAUGUAUUUAGUUUAUUUUUAAUAAUAGCAUGUUGUUUUUUUGUUUA